GAGACAACAAAAAAAAAUGAUACUAGAUGAGAAGACUAAAAUAUGGGUUGAAAUUAUCAGUGUUUCAUUUACUUUUGGAUUACUAUUCAUCAUUAAUCACUCUUAAUAUAUAUUUUAUUCGUAAUUUAUGUUUUUAAACAUAGUCAAAUGAAAUCUUCUUUGAUUUGUCUCAACAUAAAAUUCAUUAAUAUUUAAUAUUUUAUAAUUUUUAAUUAUAUAUUAUCAUUGCUAUAAAGAUAUUUGAAAUAAAACAUAAGGAGUAAGACAAUUCAAAUGGAUAUAGCAAUGAGGCGUAAUAACUUUAAAACUGGUACGACUAAUAAACGUUUUUUUAUUCAAAAGUCAACACUUCCUUAAGAAAAGAUUAUGAAUAACAUAAAUAACGAUUAAGAACAUGAUGCUUAAUUAAGUAAUUAUUUUAGUCACAAUUAAUAGGCAAAUAUCAAUAUAUAGUUAUUUUAUUACGAUUUUUUAAGAAGACUUCGAUCUACAUCUAGAAAUGGCAUCGUUUCACAUGUAUUCUUCAGCGUGUUCUUUAUAAAAUUAUCACCUGCAAUUCGCAUGACUGUAUAGGAGCUGUUUCACAAAGAGACAUGUUAAUAGCUGAUAGUUAAUUUGACCAAUUAUCAAUGAUGACCAUGGAAACACAAAAUCCACUCAAGGAAGCAGCCAUUAGAGGAGAUGUAGCCUUCCUAAGAAACUGUAUUGCCUCCAAUCAACCACACAAGUAUUACUUAACUUUGUUUCCAAUCAGCGAUUCCGAAGCUCGACUUCAUGGCAACAUCUUCCAUUUAGCCACUUUAGAAAAAAAAGAACAUUUCAUAAGUGAGGCAAUCGAGCUUUUACCAUUUCAAACCAAAAAAGAGCUUAUUCUCCAACAGCGCGACGAAGAAAAAUCAAAUCCUUUACACUUAGCAGCUUCAAUCGGUAAUCAAAACAUAGUAAAGUUGUUUUUAAAUGUGUUUCGAUCAUCUCCAUCUUCAGAAUGUGAUGUGAAACCAUGGUUACAGAAGAAUAAUUUGGGACAAACCCCUUGCCAUAUCGCUCUAACAAGUGGUCAUGAAGAUUGUGGGUUGGAAAUACUUAGAAUGGAUAUGGAGUUGCUUUGUAAUAUGGUUGAUAAGGAGGAUAAUAGUUUGCUUUUUGCAGCGGUUGCUGAAGGAUUUAGUAUGUUUGCAAUGGAGAUUUUGAAAUUCGCUAAUAGGUUUAGUUGUAGUGGAUCUGAUGGAUAUACUCCUUUGCACUAUGUGACAAGGUGCUCAGAUGGGGAAGACAUUUGUAGGCUGCUUUUGGAAAGAAAACAGAUGCUAGUUUUAGAGAAGAUUGACAUUAUCCCUGAUGUCAGGAAGGUUAUCUUAGACUUAAUCUCUGCAACUAAUACUAUUAAUAAAUCAAACCCUCUACAUAUACUGGCCACAUGUACUGAUAAACAAAAUGUAGUCGAAAUUGCACAAAUAUUAAUAUAUACGUACAAACUGAUGAGCUUAAGUGAUGAUGAUGCUCCAUGGUUGGCAUCUGAUAAGGAAGGAUGUACACCUUUGUCCUUGGCCAUUAACAAUAAGAAUGAAGAUUUGGCAUUGUAUAUCCUAUUGAUGGAUCACAAUGCUCUUGAAAAAUGUAGCGAAAAUGCUUUAAUUUUGGCUAUCAAGAAGGGUUGUUAUGAUGUUGUGGACUUGAUUUUGGAGAUAAUAGAUAAGCAUGGAUGGACAAAACAACUUAUUGAUAAUAAUAACUUCAAUGCUAUGCAUUAUGCACCAUUAUGCAACGAAGGAUUAUUCAAACGACUGCUGAAGAGGCAUCCAGAGUUGCUCAUAAGAACUUCAAACGACAGAAUCACUGUAUUACACAGUUGGGUAAAACAAGGUAAAUUAUGGGCAAUUAAUCAUGUACUGCAAAGCAAAGAAAUUGAUCAUCAAGUUAAAUGUGAGUUCAUCAAACUCAUUUCCACUUGUGAUUCCAAUGCUCGAAAUACACCUCUUCAUAUUGCUGCAAAAACCACCAAUGAAUCGAUCCAACAACAUGUAAAACUCCUUAUAGAAGCUUACAAAGACGAAACACCCAAUUGGGGGUUUCGUCAAUCAAAUUCUUUACCAUGGUUACAAACGAAUGGAGAUGGUGACGGACCUUUGCAUCUAGCUUUGAAAAACAAAAAUGAAAAACUUGCAUUGUACUUUUUGUCACUUCAUCAUGAUGAUAAUAUCAUGGGACUAUUAGAUUGUUAUUUGCCUUUGCACAAAACUGUUUUUGAUGCCAUAAAGAAUAAUUGUUUUCCAGUAGCCCAAGAAAUAUUAAACAGGUUAUCUCAGAAAGGAGAGUGGACAAAAUAUGUUACGGAUCGAUGUGAUGGACGGACAAUCUUGCAUCUUGCUCCUAUGUGCACCGAGGAAAAGCUUGGUAGAUGGCUGGUUAGAAAAGCAUCAGUUUUAAUGAACCAAGCAGACAACCAUGGAACAAUACCCUUAGAAGUUGCAUCAGAAGUUGGUGCAGCAUGGUUUAUCAAAGAAUUCCUAGAAAUUGAUGGUGAAAAAGCAUUUGAAAGUGCACCAUCUGCUUGGAAAAAAGCAUGUACCAAUGGCCAUAUCUCAGUUAUAAGUGUGUUCAUAAACAAUUAUCCAGGAAAGUUUAAGGAUCAUUGUCAUAAAUAUAAUGAUUCCCCUUUGCAUCACAUUAAUCUUCGAAACAUAACAGAAUAUGAACAAUUUCUUAAGCUUCCAGGCAUGUCUGAUCUUAUCAAUUUUCAAGAUUCUGGAAGGGCAACACCUUUGCAUCAAGCAAUAAAAAGACGAGACAUUUUACUUUCGGAAACAUUACUGAUGAUGGAUAAGAUAAGGUGUGAUAUUAAGGAUCAGGAAAAUAAAACUGCUAGAGAUUUGCUGGUGGAAGCUUGUGAUUCUACUCAACAACAACAACCUAAUGAAUGGGAAGCUAUGUGUAAAAGUGUUGGAUUGGAUCCAAGGAUAAAAACAUCAUACUUUCAACAUAAGACGAAUUUGUUAGAAGUGAGAAAUACACUAUCAGUAGUUGCAGCACUACUCGCAACCAUAACAUUCACAGCUGGAUUUACUCUCCCAGGUGGAUUAAAUUCAGACAAUGGAGAAGCAGUAUUAGCUAAGAAACCAGCUUUCUUAAUAUUUCUGAUAUCUGAUACAAUGGCAAUGUGUUGUUCCAUGUUGGUAUUGAUAUGCCUGAUAUGGUCUAUGGUUUACGAUUCAAAUAAGUCUUUGUUCUUAAUUGAUCGAAGCAUGACAUUAUUGGUUGUAGCGCUUUACUGCACUUUACUGGCGUUCAUGACUGGAGUUUACACAGUUAUUUCCCCCAAGUCAUUUUGGGCUGCCAUAUUUGUUUUAGUCAUGUGCUCUCUCAUUGGAAUUUCAGCAAAUAAGACUCUUUUGUGCAAAUUCCUUGACAACUUUGUUACUUCUACAAACAAAGACUCUGAUCAAGAUCAACUUCGUCUACUUGAAAUGGGAAAAUUUUGUUCAAGCAGAGGAUGCAAUAACUGUUUCAAAUGCAACUGAGACAACCCUUAUAUAUAAUCUCGUAUGCUACAAAGUUAAGGGAUUUUAGAACUUAUGUGGAUUGUAAUGACACUUACCACCGACCAUAGAUUUUGCUAUUAAUUUUGUUGUAUUUUUGUAAGUAAACUCCUUCAUAAAACAUAAGAAUCUGAAGUACCUCAUUCCAUGUUAAAGACUCAACUCCUUUAAAUGAUCAAAUUCAAAU